UUACCGAACCUCCAGACCUAGUUGACUCAAAACAGAGUCGGGUCGGGUUGGUGAUCAGCAAAACCCUAAUCGCCGCCGAUAUCUUCCUUUCCUUCUCCAUAAACCCUUCUUUUCUAAACCUUCUCAAGCUCCGCUCUCAGAGAUGGCGAAAUGUGGUAAAAAGAGCAAGAGUAAGAGAGUGACCUUGAAGCAGAAGAACAAGGUUCUAAGGAAGGUCAAGUUGCACCACAAGAAGAAGGCAAAGGAGGCUAAUAAGCUCGGGUUUAACCGUAAGCCGAGAGCAGAGAAGGACCCAGGUAUCCCCAACGACUAUCCUUUCAAGGAACAAGAGCUUAAGGCCUUCGAAGAUCGACGUGCCAGUGCCAUCGAGGAGAUUGAACUGAAGAAAGAGGCACACAGAGAAAAGACCAAAAAGAGGAAACUUGGUUUGGCUGCUGUGGAUGAAGAUGAGGAUACCAAGACCGGAGAUGAUUCAAGUAGACUUGUCAAUGUUCGAGAUAACUCGGAGAGAGCUUUCUACAAGGAGCUUGUUAAAGUCAUUGACUUAUCCGAUGUCAUUCUGGAGGUUCUUGAUGCCCGUGAUCCCCUUGGCACGCGUUGUACCGACAUGGAGAGGAUGGUGAUGCAAGCUGGUCCAAAUAAGCACCUCGUGUUGCUUCUCAACAAGAUUGAUCUUGUUCCCCGAGAGGCUGCUGAGAAAUGGCUCAAGUACCUUAGGGAAGAGUUUCCAGCUGUUGCCUUCAAAUGUAGCACACAGGAACAGAGAUCAAACUUGGGUUGGAAAUCAUCGAAAUCAUCGAAAGCAUCGAAAGAAUCGAAACCAAGCAAUAUUUUGCAGACGAGUGAUUGUCUUGGAGCAGACACUCUUAUCAAGUUACUGAAAAACUACUCAAGAAGUCAUGAGUUGAAAAAAUCUAUUACAGUUGGUAUUAUCGGAUUGCCUAAUGUAGGGAAGAGUAGUCUUAUCAACAGUUUGAAGAGAGCUCAUGUUGUCAAUGUCGGUGCCACUCCUGGACUGACUAGGUCUCUGCAAGAAGUUCACUUGGAUAAAAACGUGAAGUUGUUGGAUUGUCCUGGAGUUGUUAUGCUCAAAUCUUCAGGAAAUGAUGCGUCUAUAGCUCUCCGGAACUGUAAAAGAAUCGAGAAGUUGGAAGAUCCAGUUAGUCCAGUUAAGGAGAUUCUCAAGCUUUGUUCACCACAGCUGCUGGUGACUCUGUACAAGAUCACGAGCUUCGAGGCAGUUGAUGAUUUUCUUUAUAAAGUAGCCACCGUUAGGGGUAAGCUUAAGAAGGGUGGUCUUGUGGAUAUUGAAGCUGCUGCGAGGAUUGUGUUGCAUGACUGGAAUGAAGGUAAAAUUCCAUUCUACACAAUGCCGCCAAAGAGGGAUCAAGGCGAGCACGCAGAGUCAAAGAUUGUGACGGAGUUGGCUAAGGAGUUCAACAUUGAUGAGGUUUACAGUGGUGAAUCCUCUUUCAUUGGGAGUUUGAAGACUGUUAGCGACUUCAAUCCUGUUGAGAUUCCUUCCAAUGGUCCUCUCAACUUCGAUGAAGCUAUGAUCGAGGAUGGUUCUAAGACUCGGACCAAAGAAGAAGAGGCUGGUCUUGACAAUGAUGGUGAUGAAUCUAUGGGAGGGGAAGAGGAGGAAGAGACGGGAAACUCCAAGUCAGAGGCGAGCAGGCAGAACAGGAAGCUGUACGGGGAAGAGGAGGAAGAGACGGGAAACUCCAAGUCAGAGGCGAGCAGGCAGAACAGGAAGCUGUACGCAGCGGAAAGCAUGCUGAAUACAAAGAAGCAGAAAGCAGAGAAGAAUAAGAGGAAGAAGUUGAAGAAAGCAGGAGGCGGUGGUGAGGAUGCCAUGGACGGAGACUAUGAUUUCAAAAUAGAUUAUUCAAAGAAGAAUGAAGCUACAGCCAUGGAUGAAGGAGACGGUUUCCAAAUCGAUGCUAAAAUACCAAUGGCUGCACUUCUUGAUUUGCCUCAAGAUGAGUGAUUUUAAAACAAGAAAAUGUUUUUGUUCUUUGCCUUUAUUUAUGUGCUACUACUCCCUUUCCAUAUAUACCAUAUGUUAUACUUCAUCAAAGCGAUUUUGAUUCUA